AACAACCUAAACUCAGUAGUUGAGUUAAUUUUUUAAAAAUACAAUUCGAAUGAAUGUAAGCAAACACACAUUUGAAUAGAGAAUUAUUCGAAUUCUUUUUUCUGAUUUUACUUUAUUUUAUUCAUUUAUUUUUGUCUCACCCAACCCGUCUAUGUGGUAUAGUAUGCAUUAGUACCAGGUUGAGGAAAAUCCUCAGCCUGGCAACACAAAAGUUACUCUUAUCAAUGGUUUAAGACUGAUAUAUGACUGAAUUGAACUGAAAACUUGUCUGAAUAAUAAUAAUAAUAAUAAUUGUUGUUGUAAUGGGUAUCAUCAUCAUUCUAAAAUGUUUCAGAUAAAUAAAAGAAUGUAAACAGUACGUUUACUUUUAUUUUGAAAAACCAUGACAUAACGGAAGUAAACAAUAAUCACGUUACAACCCGGAAGGAUUGCCUUUCUGUGAUUAACGUUUGAAUAGACAAGAAUGACCAAUUUAUCCUGUGAAGAAACCAUUAAAUGCGAUGCUGCAAACAUCGUUCAGCCUCUGAAAGUCGUAUUUGUGUCUUAAUCUUCGGCGCUGGUGGCAGAGGCGGUCGAGUGUGAGCAGCAACGCCCUGAUGCCAGCCUCCCCGUCGGAGAAAAAUAAGCUCGCUGUGUUUACAAAUCGGUGGAGAGGGGCUGUUUCCCCGCAGUGUGUCGUUAGCUAAUCGUGCGGCCGUGAGUGUUUUUUCCAGGCGAAGAAAAAACAUGGCUGAACUGCAUGUCGUGGAACCGAGCGGUACUGGCACCAUUGAGCAGCCCGAGCACCGUGAUGUCCGCGGCUCCGUGCGCCUGGCGUCGCCCACUCUCAUGGUUCCUCCGCGGAGCAGCCAGCUCAGCCCCGGCGGGGUGUCGAGCGGCGGUGGCGGCGGUAGCGGAGGAGGAGGUGGAGGAGGACGGUCGGUGUUCGGGUUCCCGGUGAAGAGCAAUCCCAGCUCCCCGUCCGAACCGGUGGAUAAGCCGGGCUCACGCUGGGUCCGGCUCAACGUCGGUGGGACCUACUUCAUCACGACCAAACAGACGCUGUGCAGGGACCCCAAAUCCUUCCUGUUCCGACUGUGUCAGGAGGACCCCGACCUGGACUCUGACAAAGAUGAAACAGGAGCCUACCUGAUCGACAGGGACCCCACAUACUUUGGCCCCAUCCUGAACUACCUGCGGCAUGGGAAACUGAUCAUGGAUAAAAACCUGGCUGAGGAAGGGGUUCUGGAGGAAGCUGAGUUCUACAACAUUGCGUCGCUGGUGAGGCUGGUGAAAGAGAGGAUACGGGACAACGAGAACCGGACAUCUCAGGGCCCUGUGAAGCAUGUGUAUCGAGUACUACAGUGCCAAGAGGAGGAACUCACACAGAUGGUCUCAACCAUGUCGGACGGUUGGAAGUUCGAGCAGCUUAUAAGUAUCGGCUCCUCAUACAACUACGGCAACGAGGACCAAGCAGAGUUUCUAUGUGUAGUUUCCCGGGAACUCAACAACUCCACCAACGGCAUCGUCAUCGAGCCCACCGAGAAGGCCAAGAUCCUUCAAGAGCGAGGCUCACGGAUGUGAAGAGACCCAGCUCCUGAGCUAAAUAACACUUAAUCAACAAAAACAAAACAACAACAUGAACAUCUUCUCCAUGAGUUUACCCCCCCCCCACCCUCCAACUUUCAACCAUCACUACCACCUUCAUCAUCGUCAUCACCCACUCCUCCCUCCCUCCUCCUCUGGUGUGCCUUUCCACAGCGGCGGGGGCUGCCUGACGCCCCCCACCCCCACCCCCACACCUCCUCCAGUGCUGCAACACGACCCUGACUUGUCUUCUCAUUUCUCCUCCUCCAUCACGUGCCGUGGAGUUUAAAAGAGACGACAAGUGAGAGGUUUUCCUCACAGCAGCUCUUUGAUGGUCAGUGUGAUGGCGGCGCAGGCUACGGUGCUGAUUGUAGCCUCCUGCUGUUGUCAGUGGAUGGACGCCCCAGCGCAGAGCUACCGCACAUCAUCAUCUUCAUCAACAUUUUUAUCAUUAUCAUCAUCCACGCCGUUAACAGACAGGAUACUUGCUCACUCUUAUACGUUUGGCUCUGUCGACUUAACAGAAAUCUCCUCAGGACUCUCAAAGGACAUAAAGGAAUGAACACAACUCCACAGACUGAGCCUCUCUCUCUCUUUACCCGAAUCUGUCAGUGGAGCCGAGCUUCGACGCCCGCCUCGUCUCCUUCUCCCAGACUCCUCGGCCGACGUCCGAGGCAUGUCAUGGCUCAACAAAACCGAGCUGGGAGGUCUAGGGGGAGAGGAUUAAAACGCAGAAGCAGUUGAAGGCAGCGCGACGUAGUGUCUGAUCGCUCUGUUUGAGCAGAUCUUCAUCUUACAGACGCCCUGUCUUGGUUGGAAAACCGCUGCAUCCUGCUCUCUCUGUUUCCUGUUUUUCGGGCUCGAUUUGAUCUGUUCCCCCGCAGGGAGAAAAUUUGGGAUAUUUUAGCGUAAAACAAAACAUAUGACUCAAAAAAAAAAAAGACUUCACCUGUGUACAAUUUGUCAAGGCAUGUGAGGAAUCUAUAUAAAUCUAUAUAGGCUACAUGAUGAAAUUAUAUGAAAAAUUGAAUGCAAAUGGUGUAAUUAUUGAUUUCUGUAUCAUAGUUGUCAUAUAUUUACAUAUUCUGGUGGGUGAGUCUAUUUAAAUAAUGGAGAAAAUAUCAGUUUUCCUGAAGGUUUCCCACCCACUGACAUGGGUGUGAGUUUGUGUAUGCAGUGCCUCUCUGCUUUCUGUCCAUGACUGAAAUAUCAAGUUUUUCAGCUGCACGUUUUCUGUAGUGUUCCUCAAAAAAAAAACAACAACUAACUAAGUUUUCUCUUAAAUAUCCUAAUCUCUUGCAUAUCUUAAAAUUGUAAUUAGGGAUACGGAAAACUACUGUCGUUGCCAUUUGUCCAGACAAGUGUGGCGUGGCGGGGGAUUGGACCGUGGCCAGUCUGUAUGCUGCCUCAAAACCCUGAAACACCCUUCUCUCCCUGGCCUUGUGCUACUCUUCAUGCCAAUACUCACUCACGUUGCAGCUGCCUCUGUUGCCACUCCACAACUUUUAACACCCAACUGACUGACUGUGUUGUCUUAACAUUCUGCAGCACCUGUAGCAACUGUGGCACAAAGCUGAAUUGUACUCCUCACGCUUAAAAGCCCUAAGAUACCUGAGCCUACAUUAUCACUGAAAUUUACAUACUGUCAGUGAACCUGCCAGAUGGGAAGUGUCUUCAGAGGGGAGCCUUUAUUUCAGAUGUUAUGUGACAUUUUUUCCCAUGCCAGCAGAUGGGUACUAACUUGGCUAGAAGUAUAUUUCUCUUGAAAUAUACUUGAUAUUAAGUUGCUGUGUGACAGUGCUGUUGUUCAGACUUGUAACAACAUUGGAGUAACAUGCAAACACAUUACAUACAAGCUAAGCUUGUUUCUAGCCCCUUAAAUCACUUUAGAUCAUUUGUAAUUUUAAGAUUUUGGGGGUUUUAGAUGAUUGGUCGGACAAAAUACGACAACUGAAGACGUCUCCUUGGACUCUGGGAACUCAAAUUUGGCAUUUUUCAUAAUUUUCUUGCAUUUUAAAAUCAAAACAAAACAAUGGAUCAGUUGAUCAAGAAAAUAAUCAGAUCAGUCAGUGAUCAAAAUAAUCAGAUUUUGCAGCCUUUAGCAGUCACCAAACUAUAGGCCUGCAAUUUAAGUUUCUUUUUCAAUUGAUUAAUGAAUUGUGUAGUCUGUAGGAUGUCAGAAAAUAGUUUAAAAUGCCCAUUACAGUCUCUCAGAGCCCAAGGUGAUGUCUUCCUACAAAGAGUCUAAAACCCCAAAAUAUUCCAUUUACAAUGAUGUACAGCAGAGAAAAGCAGCAAAUACUCACUUUCAGAAUUCUUCUGCUUCAUAAAUUACUAAUAAUUAUUAAUUAGUUAUAAUGUAAAUAUAAUGUUGUUACUGAUGCAAGUGCAGCCUUGUCAUAGGAGCAACUUAAUGCAAAGUUUGAGCCAUAUUUACACAUAUCAGGUAGAAAACAGAAACAUUUUGUUUUUACCCACCGUGCAGACUGAACUCACAUUUUAAUCACUGCUCCUAAAAGCUAAGGGGCGUCCAAUCUUUAUGUGAUCAAUGCCCAUCACUGGCAUCAAUCACUUUGAUACACUACCCUUUGUAAAAAGAGCAUUUUUGAUGCAGUUAUGUUAUAUCAAGCAUGAACAAAAAGAAUGCGUUUAAUGGGAAAAAAAUGUACCUUUGCUGUUGUCAUGCUCCCUGACCGUGUUCAGUCAGGCCUCAGAGCUCAAACUUUGAUGUGACUUCUUCUUUGUUGUUUUUAUUUUUUUUCCUCUCAAGUGUGUGUUGUGCAGUUUUAUUCUACUCCAGUCGGAGUCGUGAGCAGACCAUGUGCUGCUGAAAACGCCCAAGCAUCUCAUUGAGGAGCACUUUCCUUCUCCCUUGUUGUUCUCUGGGCCUUUGCACCUUGGGUGUUGUUUCCCCUUUGUCUGUGUCCAGUGUUGUGCCUUUGACCUGUGUUGUGCACAGUUGUUCUCCCCCUCUUAUCAUAAGGUGCCUCUCAUACCUUAAAAAAAAACAAGAGGCACCUACCUGAGGUAAAAUGUCUAAUGCGGUCAUAAGCUUGGUUUCUGUUUUUAGUGUUUCAGUGAGAGGCAAGCCAAACAAAUCCAUUAUCCCCUGCAUUAUUUUAAGUUUUAUUCUACAUAACUAUGAACUGAAAAUAAUUAACAGCUGCUUUCUUUGUGCCAUUGCAUUGGGCUAAAUCCACCCACAAUCCUGUACGCUCCUGGAGAUUCAAAAUUGCAUCUGUCUCUGCUGUAAACACCUGUUGUUGGUUUGCAUUGUUUACAGCACUUCUAAACGGGAGGGAAGCAGGGUAGAGCAGUCAAAGCAGGUUUUCCUCCUCUGCUUUUAUCUUAGUAAAACUCCAGCAGUGCACUUUUUACCAGAAAUCGAUUUGACUAUAAACUCGCCAUCAUUUGGCUUCUUCUUUUCUUGAGUUGCAUGCUGAAGCCAUUUCCAUUGACCCCUUUUUUAGAUGUAUGUAAUCAACCUUUAAAGCACUUACUGUACCUGUCACCUUUGUGAACCCAGUUCAAUCUUGACCUUGGUUGCAUAGCUCAGUGGUUCCCAACCUGAGGGUGGGUUGCGACCCCUCGGAAGAGAUCACAGUAAAGUUAAUAAGAUGUGAAAUCAUAGAAAAAACAGAUUCGUCUGUGACAAGAAUCUUUUCUAAUAGCUGCUUUUUAUCAGCGAUGGCAGGGUCCAUCUGUCCGUAAAUUUUGGUUCAGACUGAAAUAUGUCAAAAGCUAUUGCUAUUAAAUUUUGUACAGACAUUCAUGGUCUCCAGAGGAUGAACCACCUGACUUCACCCCAAUUUGUCAUGUAGCGCCACCAUUCUGACAUUCCCAUUACUCUCAACUGUAUUUGUGUUUAGUGCUAAUUAGCAGUGUCAGCGUGUGAAAACAUUAAACUAAGAUGGUUAACAGAUUAAAAAAUUACACCUAUUAAACACAAGCAUGUUAGCAUUUCACUCAAAGCACCAGCGCAGCUAGUAUGGCUGUAGACUCUUAGUGUUGUUAGUAUUAAUGUUGGUUGGUUCGUCACUUAAGUCCAGACAGAAAUAUUUCAGUGUAUAGAUUGAUGUUGGUGAAUCUCUGUAUUUUGUUUUUAGUGCUAAUUGCAAAUGUUACCAUGCUAACACUGCAAAUCUCUCAACCUCUUACUGUUAGCACGGCUGUAGACUCUUAGUGUGUUAUUAUUUAUGUUGGUUGAUUCACCACUUAAGUCCAGACUAAAACAUCUCAACACCUGCUCGAUGGAUUCAUUCAAUUUUAUACAGAUAUCCAUUAUGCAGAGUGGGUUCAUUUGAAUGACAGCUGUGAUUCUCCAUGCUAGUGCUAAAUUUUCUCAACCUGUCACUGCUAGCAUUACUGCAGUCAUACAGUGUUAUUAUUAAUGUUAGUUGUUUGACCAUUUUAGUUCAGACUGAAAUAUUUCAACAUGUACAAACAUUAAAUUUUGUGCAGACAUUCAUGAUCCCCAGUGGGUUAAUCUUAAUGACGCUGGUGAUGCUCCAUGCUAACACAUUACCAUUGCCAACACAACUCUCUUGACCUCUCACUGCUAGCAUUGCUGCAGACUCAUAGUCUUGUUUCUUGUGGAUUACCAGAUGGUUUUACUGCGUCUGGAAAAAAUACUCAAGUGAAAUAAUACACUAAAAAAAGUAUGUGUAACCUGUGGUGAAGUCUUCAAUUUAAGGGAUGACAACUCAAAAACGUUGGGAACCACUGACCUAACUGAACUUUGCAGUGUGAUUAUCGUUAUAUUUGACUCGAACAACCAUUAUUAAACAAAAAAAAAACAACUUUUGAUCAUGAGUACUUUCACCUGCACUAGCUAGUCUACAGGUAAUGUGCAAUGUUAACAAAUCUGCAAAAAAUAUCUAUCUCUGUUGUUUGGGCACGUGAAAACAUGAGAGCAUGCAUUGUUCUAGAGAUUAUGAUGUUGUGUACAGGAUUUUGUCUGACCUCUGUGUUAGUGCAAAGUGUAUGUGAUGCAUGGUGUGUGGGGGGGAGCAGAGGGAAGGCAUGGCUCUGUGGUUUGUAGGUGUAGAUUUCUUGUGUGGAACAGUUGGUCUACAACUAGACAUAUUCUCUACUCACGUUCUGUUUCCUUGUCGUUUUUUGUAUCUUUUACAUGUCAAUUUUAACUUAACAGUACAUAAAGAAUAGCUAGCUUUGAACACAAAUUAACCAAUCAGAUUGCAGACCCUGCCCCCCCACCCUAACCUUGGUUUAUAUAGCAUUUACACGACCCCUGCAGGUCAACACGCAAAAGAAAGAUUUUUUUUAUUCAUGGGUCAUUUUGCCAGUUAAUCUGUAAACACCUGCAUGCGUUUGUGGACAUGCACACUGUACACUCAUUUAGACGUACUGAAAAAUGUCACCUAUUAACAGUUACUUUGUGUUCAUUUAUCAACAGUAUUGAUGUCAUAUGUGAAUAUUGUCAAUGGAGACUGGAGAGAAAUGUUUGGAAGCUGACAAAAACAUUUUUGUCCGAUUGUUUGUUUCACUUUUAUUUAUUUUGUAUUUUUUGAAUUUUGUCUACCAAUGUCGUUUCUUUACAUGUAACAAUUUUAACAAAACCCAGUCUGGUUUUUAAUCAUAAAAUGUGUCUGUGUUUUAA